AUGCCCGCCGGCAGCAACGAGCCCGAUGGCAUCCUCAGCUACCAGAGACACGAUGAGGAGGCUGUGAUUGACCAGGGCAGGACGAGCAACGUGGUCAACAUCCACUAUGAGAAGGAGGAGCUGGAAGGCCACCGGACCCUGUACGUGGGCGUGCGGAUGCCGCUGGUGCGCCAGGGCCACCGGCACCACCGCGCCCACAGCCAGAAGCACCGGAAGCGGGAGCGGGAGAAGGACGCGGUGCCCGCCGAGCAGGGAUACCACUACACCCCAUCCCAGCGGGUUCAGUUCAUCCUGGGCACGGAGGAGGACGAGCAGCACGUCCCCCAUGACUUGUUCACAGAGCUGGAUGAGAUCUGUGUGAAGGAGGGGGAAGAUGCUGAGUGGAAGGAGACGGCACGGUGGCUGAAGUUCGAGGAGGAUGUGGAGGAUGGGGGUGAGCGCUGGAGCAAACCCUACGUGGCCACGCUGUCCCUGCACAGCCUCUUCGAGCUGCGCAGCUGCAUCAUCAACGGCACCGUGCUGCUGGACGUGCGCGCCACCAGCGUCGAGGACAUCGCCGACCUGAUCCUGGCCCAGCAGGAGCCGUCGCCGGAGUUCGACGAGCGCACGCGGGCCAAGGUCCGGGAGGUGCUGCUGAAGAAGCACCACCACCAGAACGAGAGGAAGAGGAACAACCUCCUGCCCAUCGUGCGCUCCUUUGCUGAUGUCAGCAAGAAACAGGACCUGCACCUGCUGGAGAAGCCAGCCCAAACCCUCACCCCUCACCCUUCUCCCACCACUGCAGAAGCUAAAAAUGGGGUGACCCCUGAGACCAGUGCCAUGGACCUGAGCAAGGUGAGAUCCCUGCACCUCUCCCACACCUCCAGGGGGGUGAGAGAGACCCUGGGGGGCCCUGAAGGCUUCGCUUUUGGGGGAUUCCUGAGAAUGGCUGGUCCUGCCCAGGCGGAGCUACACUUCAUGAAGAAGAUUCCCAGCGGAGCGGAGGCGUCCAACGUGCUGGUGGGAGAGCUGGAUUUCCUCCACCAGCCCCUCGUGGCCUUUGUCCGCCUGACCCCAGCCGUGCUCCUGUCGGGAAUGACAGAAGUUCCCAUCCCAACAAGGUUCCUCUUUGUUCUGCUGGGGCCAGGAGGAAAAGCCCAUCAGUACCACGAGAUUGGCAGGUCCAUGGCCACCACCAUGACGGAUGAGGUUUUCCAUGAUGUUGCCUACAAAGCCAAGGACCGGGCUGACCUUGUGGCUGGCAUCGACGAGUUCCUGGAUCAGGUCACAGUGUUGCCUCCAGGAGAGUGGGACCCAUCCAUCCGAAUCGAGCCCCCCAAAAACGUCCCCUCCCAGGAAAAGAGGAAGAUGCCAGGAGCUCUGGAUGAGAAUUCUUCCCACAGCAAACCGGAGAAGCACAGUGGUCCUGAACUGGAGCGGACUGGGAGGCUCUUUGGGGGUCUGGUCCUGGACGUGAAGCGCAAGGCGCCGUGGUUCUGGAGUGACUUCAGGGACGGUCUGAGCCUGCAGUGCCUGGCGUCCUUCCUGUUCCUUUACUGUGCCUGCAUGUCCCCCGUCAUCACCUUCGGGGGCCUGCUGGGGGAGGCAACCCACGGCCACAUUAGUGCCAUGGAGUCGCUGCUGGGAGCAUCCAUGACGGGCGUGGUUUAUUCUCUCUUUGCUGGCCAACCCCUCACCAUCCUCGGCAGCACUGGACCCGUCCUGGUCUUUGAGAAGAUUCUCUACAAAUUCUGCAAGGAAUACACGCUCUCCUACCUGUCCCUGCGGACGUGCAUCGGGCUCUGGACCGCGUUCUUCUGCGUGGUGCUGGUGGCCACGGACGCCAGCUGCCUGGUGUGCUACAUCACCCGCUUCACCGAGGAGGCCUUCGCCUCCCUCAUCUGCAUCAUCUUCAUCUACGAGGCCCUGGAGAAGCUGAGCCACCUGCGGGAGACCUUCCCUGUGCACAUGCACAGCAAGCUGGACCUCCUCACCAUCUAUUACUGUAAGUGUGAGCCCCCAGCUCAUCCCAGCAACGAGACCCUGCAGUUCUGGCAGAGCAAUGGGGUCAACGUGUCAGGAAUCACCUGGGGAAACCUCACAGUGACCGAAUGUCGCUCCUUGCAUGGGGAGUUCCACGGACCUGCCUGUGGACACAACGGCCCCUACGCGCCCAACGUCCUCUUCUGGUGCUGCAUCCUCUUCUUCUCCACCUUUGUCCUGUCAAGUUUGUUGAAGAAGUUUAAAACCAGCCGUUACUUCCCAACCAGAGUCCGAUCCACAGUGAGUGACUUUGCUGUGUUCCUCACCAUUGUCAUCAUGGUGCUCAUCGACCUUGGGAUUGGGAUCCCGUCCCCCAAGCUCCACGUCCCCCACAUGUUCAAGCCCACCAGGGAUGACCGUGGGUGGCUCAUCAACCCCAUUGGGCCCAACCCGUGGUGGACGGUGUUGGCCGCGCUCAUCCCGGCCCUGCUCUGCACCAUCCUCAUCUUCAUGGACCAGCAGAUCACGGCCGUCAUCGUCAACAGGAAGGAGCACAGGCUCAAGAAAGGCUGCGGGUACCACCUGGACCUGUUCAUGGUGGCCGUGAUGCUGGGAGUGUGCUCGGUGAUGGGGCUGCCCUGGUUCGUGGCCGCCACGGUGCUGUCCAUCACCCACGUCAACAGCCUCAAGGUGGAGUCCGACUGCUCCGCGCCGGGCGAGCAGCCCAAGUUCCUGGGGAUCCGGGAGCAGAGGGUCACUGGCCUGAUGAUCUUUGUGCUCAUGGGCUGCUCCGUUUUCUUCACCUCCGUGCUCAAGUUUAUCCCGAUGCCAGUCCUUUAUGGGGUCUUUCUGUACAUGGGGGUCUCGUCACUCCGAGGAAUCCAGUUCUUCGACCGCCUGAAGCUGUUCUGGAUGCCGGCCAAGCACCAGCCCGACUUCAUCUACCUGCGCCACGUGCCCCUGCGCAAGGUGCACCUGUUCACGCUCAUCCAGCUGCUCUGCCUCGUGCUGCUCUGGGCCAUCAAAGCUUCCCGCGCCGCCAUCAUCUUCCCCAUGAUGGUUUUGGCUCUUGUUUUUGUCCGGAAAGUGAUGGAUUUCUGCUUCUCCAAGCGGGAGCUCAGCUUCCUGGAUGACCUCAUGCCAGAAAGCAAGAAGAAGAAGUUGGACGAUGCCAAAAAUGAAGCCAAAGAAGAGGAGGAGUCCCAGAAAAUGAUGGAAGCAGCUGCUGCGAAUUCUGUUCAGCUGAAGCUGGGCAAGACCAGCAGGGUGGACACGCCAAAGCCCAGCACUGACAGGGCUGAUCCUUCCGAGAUCAACAUUUCGGAUGAGAUGUCCAAGACCACUGUGUGGAAGGCUCUGACCAUGAACACAGAAACACUCUGAAGCCGGGAGGAAGGAGGAGUGUGACUCAGGGAUGUGCCAAGGCAGACACGGAGGAGCGGCUCGUUUCCCGGCCGAGGGGUCCCACAAAGCCAUGCAGAGUUUCCCGUUCCCCGGGCUGCUGCGUCCCGGGGGUCCGUGUUGUCCAGCCUCGUGUGUCCUCGUGUGCGUGUGUUGUGCACUGGUGGAGCCUCCGCUACCGCUUCCCAUCAGUUCUAUUUUUUUAAUCUCCAAUUCUUCCUCUCCUUCCUCUUUUUUUUUCUUUUUUCUUUUU